AUGGCGCUUAUGGGUUCUUCCUUUACUUUGCUGGAGCACAAGCCGGUGGGUGAGGUUCUGUCAGGUAUAGGAACAGUUACUGAACUAUGUGCAGGACCAAUAUUCGAUGCAUAUGGACCAGCCUAUGUCGUUAUUCCUGGGUCAAUUGGAAUUGUAGCUGCACUGAUAUGCUUCAGCUUUAGUGAAGAGUACUACCAGAUCUUCCUAUCCUUCAGCGUCCUCGGCGGGCUCUCAGCCUGCACACUGUUCACACCGGCAGUCUCAUGCGUCGGACACUGGUUCAACAUCCGCCGCGGCUACGCAACAGGCAUCGCCUGCACAGCCGGCGGACUAGGUGGCGUGAUAUUCCCCAUAAUAAUACUAUUCGCAGCCCCUAAGAUCGGAUUUCCAUGGGCCAUCCGCAUAAUCGCACUCUUAUGCGCCAUCCUCUGCACACUAGCCUGUCUUCUCAUGAAAACACGACUCCCACGCAACGAAACAGCAGGAGCCUCCAUUGACUUCAAAGCCCUUAGGGAUAUCAAAUACGCCACCACAACAGCAGCCAUCUUCCUAGUCGAAUUCGCCGUCUUCAUCCCUAUCACCUACAUCGCCUCAUACGCAGUCCACGUCGGAAUAAACAACACCCUCUCCUACCCACUAAUCGUCUUCCUCAACCUCGGCGCCAUCCCAGGCCGCUUCCUCCCCGGCCUCAUCGCAGACCAUCUAGGCCGUUUCAACGUAAUGGUCCUCACAUCGUUCAUAUGCGGAGUAUUAACCCUAGGUCUUUGGCUGAAGGCAGGGGUCAACAUAGCCGCUAUUAUAUGCUACGCUGUGCUCUCUGGUUUCUGGAGCGGAGCAGCUAUCAGUCUAACGCCUGUGUGUAUCUCACAGGUCUGCGCGACAGAAGACUACGGAAAGAGAAAUGGGACGACGUUCACCAUUGUUAGUGUUGGUACUCUAACUGGGAUCCCUAUUGCGGGUGCUAUUCAACAGAAUAAUGGAGGGGAUUAUUGGGGCCUUAUUGUGUUUGGAGGUGUGCUUUAUUUGGCGGCUACUGUUGCUUUUGCUGUUGCGAGGGGGGUUUGUGCGGGGUGGGCUUUGAGGAUUAGGUUUUAG